AUUCCAAUUAGCAGUUGCAGUUAUUAUUCACUUAGGAACUUGUAUCCAUAUAGAAGUGUGAAAUAAUAAGAGAUGCCCUCUUCUAUGUACAUAGUAUCUUUUUUCUUAAAUCUCUAAUCAUUCGGCUAUAUGAUCAACAAUUGGCUUAAAAAAAAAAUAACCUACCCUAAUUAUUUCAUUAUGAAAUAAUGAAUCAAUAGUUCAUACUUAAUUUGUCUACUAUAGUUAUCAUCGCACAAACGAUGAAGACAAUUUAUGCAUUAUUUAUUGUCCUCGGUUGCCUAAUUAGCGUGUUGCUUUUUAUUGUGCAUGCUAUACCCCUGCCCCUCGCCGACAAUGACCGGGCUGCCAGCAAUCAGAUUUUCAUGCCCGCGAACAGCACCGUUCAAUGGAAGUCCAGGAUGGUCAUGGAGGACCUGGCUGCAGCUGCGGAUAACUCUGGAUACCGAAGACGCGAAUUGGAACGUCAAAUCAUGGCGAAUGGGACAUGGCCUGGCCAGGACAAAAUGGGCCUGUUUCCGGGUGUUUAUCAGAGCAAACUUCGCACAGCGGGAAAACCAACAGCAGCGAAAGGGAAAGCGUUGGUGUCGGUUCCUCAAACGCUUAUAAAAGCUGGUCUCAAUUUCUGGGCCAAGCCCAAAGCGAAGCCAAAAGGUGAUGUUGGAAAUGUUUCAGCUGAUGGAGAUGACACUGGAGAUGCACCAGCACCAGGAGAACCCGCACCAAAAUUAUCACCUAGAGCAGUCAGUGGUAAAACACGUAUAAAAAGUUUAGAGAAAACAAUAUCCAUACCGCGAUUGCAGAGCGAUCAUAUCGGCAGUUGGGUAAUCAAUCCGUGGGGUAUCACUUUCGGAGUACUGUGGCAAGAUACGCGAAUGAACUACCAAGUAAAGAAUCUGUUCGGGCCAGCGGCUACUUAAGCGUCUAUCAUAAUAUUAAAUGUAGCUGUAACUAGUUGUAUAAG